GUAGGAAGAAGAUAUAGAAAGAUAGAAAGCGUAGCAAAUUAGCAGAGCUUAUUACAUCAUCUUCCGCAGAAAUCCACGUGACAACGGACCGAAAUCAAAAAUCCAGACAACCUUAUUCCUCUCUCUGCUGUUUCGAUUCUCCGCUCUUCAGAUAAGUUUACUGAACAGGUACUCCGAGUAUUACACGAGGUGUUGAAAUGGCUUCGAUGAUGCUCAACUCAGUGAAUUACGGUUCUAGUACAACCGUAAAAUUCGACUAUAUGGGUCUGAAGCCGUUUAAAUUGAAUCAGAGUAUCUUCUGUGUGAGGCCUCAUUCAAUCAAAAUUGCUCCGCGAACCCUCACGGUAAGGGCCGGUGAGGCUCGUGACAGUGGAUCCGUUAAUAAGACCGGAAUGAGCGACGAGGACUGUGAGGCUGCAGUGGUCGCGGGGAAUGUUCCAGAUGCUCCUCCAGUGCCGCCAAAACCAGCUGCGCCAGCUGGCACCCCUGCAGUCGCCUCCCUUCAAAUUAGUCGGCGACCACGUAGGAAUCGUAGGUCGCCAGCUGUGAGGGCGGCAUUCCAGGAAACGAGUUUAAGCCCUGCAAAUCUCGUCUAUCCACUUUUCAUCCACGAAGGUGAAGAAGACACUCCGAUUGGAGCAAUGCCUGGAUGCUACAGGCUUGGGUGGAGGCACGGACUUGUCGAAGAGGUCUCUAAAGCUAGAGAUGUUGGUGUGAACAGCAUCGUGCUAUUUCCAAAAGUCCCGGAUGCUUUAAAGAAUUCUACGGGAGAUGAAGCUUACAAUGAAAACGGACUUGUGCCUCGAACAAUUAGGCUACUUAAAGACAAGUUUCCGGAUCUAAUUAUCUAUACUGAUGUUGCUUUAGAUCCAUAUUCAUCGGAUGGGCAUGAUGGCAUUGUUCGAGAAGAUGGAGUUAUUAUGAAUGAUGAAACUGUGCAUCAGUUGUGUAAACAAGCCGUUGCUCAGGCGAGAGCAGGGGCAGAUGUGGUCAGUCCCAGUGACAUGAUGGACGGUCGUGUAGGAGCUAUUCGAGCCGCUCUCGAUGCUGAAGGCUUUCAGCAUGUCUCGAUUAUGUCCUAUACUGCCAAGUACGCAAGUUCGUUUUACGGACCUUUCAGAGAGGCACUAGACUCGAAUCCACGUUUUGGAGACAAGAAAACAUAUCAGAUGAAUCCUGCAAAUUACAGAGAAGCCCUUAUCGAAACCCACGCGGAUGAGGCUGAAGGAGCUGACAUUCUCCUGGUGAAACCUGGUCUACCUUACUUGGAUAUAAUAAGGCUUCUUCGAGACAACUCUUCUUUGCCCAUUGCUGCAUAUCAGGUUUCGGGUGAGUACUCAAUGAUUAAGGCUGGAGGUGUACUUAAAAUGAUCGACGAAGAGAAAGUGAUGAUGGAGUCUUUGAUGUGUCUUCGUCGAGCAGGUGCUGACAUCAUCCUCACGUAUUUCGCUCUGCAAGCUGGUAGAUGCUUAUCCGGAGAGAAGAGGUGAUAUUUACGCUUGUCUGAAUAAAAUUUUCGUAGCUGUGUGUCGAAUUCUGAGAGUAGUAUAUUCAUUGCAUCAUUAAACGUUAUGUAUAAAAUAGCAUGGUAUUUGUAUUAUUAUUAUUUGUUUUUGUAUUAU